AUGCACAUACAGUUGAAUUCAACUGGGGAUGAAGACGCAGAGCCUGAGCUCAACUGCCAGUUGAUGGAUGGCUUCGCGGUUGUGGUUCAAGUCCUGUUGGCUUCGAUUGCACUAGGAUCGUUGUUUAUUAAACGCCACAGAGAAACCCCUCGACGUCCUUUGCUUAUUUGGGCUAUGGAUACAUCCAAACAGGCGCUAGCAGCAUCUAUGGUGCAUUUUGUGAAUGUGUUUGUGUCUUCUGUAGCUGGAAUAGACGCAGAAGGAUCUAAAAAUGGCUCCACAAACCCUUGUGUGUGGUACUUUCUGAAUUUGGGUUUAGAUACAACUAUUGGUGUUGGCAUCUUGUAUAUAUUCUUAAAAGCUGUGCAUGCGAUUGCAGAUAUGCUUCAGAUCUCCGACACCACAUCAGGAGAAUAUGGCAAUCCGCCAAGGUUCAUGCCAUGGUUUAAACAGCUUUGUCUGUUUAUCACGGCAUGGUUUUUUGUCAAACUCCUUGUGGUUAUUUCUCUAGAGCUCUUUCCAUUUCUUGGAAUAUUUGGAAAGUGGGUUUUGUCCCCACUUACUGCAAUCGGAGAUCCACGCUUUCAGAUCGUGGUUGUAAUGCUGAUAUUUCCAUUAAUCAUGAACAUUGUGCAAGCAUGGCUGAUUGAUAUGGUUAUCAAGGGAGAUAUGCACAAGUUUCGUCGAAUUAGAUCUAGUAUGGAUCAAACUGAAGCUGUUGCUGCAUCGUUGGGUACAACAGGUCCAGAAUCACAAUCUGACUGGAUUAUAGGCGACUCUACAGAGCUACUACAAGACAAUGAUGUUGUUGAACAUGAGGAAGGGUUGAAUGUCCACGAGAACGUUGCUCCAGCACAGUUGUUUACACGCAUGUUUAGGCAUCCACAAACAUCAUAUGGCUAUCGAAGGGUACAGGGUCAGCGGGGAUGGAUUGAAUGGAUAAGCACGCUCUUUGGUCGAAAUCAACGGGGAGAUGAGAAUCGUCGCGAUUUCCGAGCCAGAGCACCGCUAUCUGAAACCAAUUUAGUAGUCUAUGAUGAUGAUGAAGAUACGGGCUUGCAUGAAAGUGCAUCUGCUUCAAGCAUCGAGCCUCAAAUGGAUUACCUUUGCUUUAUUGGAAUGUACGAGAAAGUGGAUUCUUGUCAAACCAAACAGUUGAAUGGACGGUUGAUGCUGAUUAAUGAAAAACUUCAACUCGACAAUAUUCUUUCCAUUCCAGCACUGUCAAUCCUAUUUUGA